UGAUUAUAAUACAGAAUAAAAAAUACAUUGUGGUCAUUAGCUAAUCUAAUAAUGUAUGUUUUUAAUUUUACAACAAUAAAGUCCUCAACAUGCUUAGAGCAAAUCUGUUGAAGAAGUUUGAGCAUCUGUGUGAGGGAACAGCGACGCAGGGAAAGCCAACACUCCUGAAUGAGAUCUACACAGAGCUCUACAUCACAGAGAGUGAGAGAGGAGAGAUCAGUAAUGAGCAUGAGGUGAGACAGAUUGAGACACAAUCCAGGAGAGCAGCAACAGAAGACACAGCCAUCAAAUGCAGUGACAUCUUCAGAUCUUUACCUGGACAAGACAAGGACGUCAGAACUGUGCUGACAAAGGGAGUUGCUGGCAUUGGAAAAACAGUCUCUGUGCAGAAUUUCAUUCUAGACUGGGCCAAAGGGAAAGAGAAUCAGGACAUCCACAUCAUAUUUCCACUUCCUUUCAGAGACAUCAACUUGAUGAAGGACAAAACUCUCAGAUCACUUUCAGAUCUUCUUCACGUCUUCUUCCCUGAAACUAAAGAAAUGGAAAUAUCCAGCGAUGAAUAUAAAGUGUUGUUCAUCUUUGAUGGUCUGGACGAGUGUCGUCUGUCUCUGGACUUUAAGAGUAAAGUGAAACUGUGUAAUAUAUCUGAGUCAGCCUCAGUGGAUGUGCUGCUGAUGAACCUGAUUGUGGGGAAUCUGCUUCCCUCUGCUCUCAUCUGGAUCACCUCCAGACCAACAGCAGCUGAUCUCGUCCCCUCUGAGUGCGUCCAUCGAGUGACAGAGGUACGGGGCUUCAAUGAGCCACAGAAGGAGGAAUACUUCAGGAAGAGAAUCAGUGAUCAGAGUCUGGCCAACAGGAUCAUCUCUCACCUGAAGUUCUCCAGGAGUCUCUUCAUCAUGUGUCACAUCCCAGUCUUCUGCUGGAUCUCAGCCGCUGUUCUUGAGAAGAUCUUGUGUCGAGCAGAGAGUGGAGAGAUUCCCAAGACUCUCACUCAAAUGUACACACACUUCCUGAUCCUUCAGACCAACAUCAAACAUGAGAAGAACUAUGAGAAGAAGGUGACAGAUGAAGAGAUGAUCCUCAAGCUGGGAAAAGUGGCUUUUCAGCAGCUUGUGAAAGGAAACCUGAUCUUCUAUGAUGAAGACCUGAGAGAGUAUGGCAUUGAUGUGACUGAAGCAUCAGUGUACUCAGGAUUGUGCACCCAGAUCUUCAGAGAGGAGUUGGGCUUGUUUCAGGGGAAAGUCUUCUGCUUUGUUCAUCUGAGCAUUCAGGAACAUCUAGCAGCUCUAUAUGCGUACCUCUCCUGGACAAACCACAACAGAAAUGUGUUUGACGAAAUCAUCAAACAGCGUUUGUGGUCUAAAGUUAAGGAAUCUUUUCAACUCAAUUCAUACGGACAUGUUUCAUCUGAGCUGCAUCAGAGAGCUGUGGACGAGGCUCUACGGAGUACAAAUGGGUGUCUGGAUCUUUUCUUGCAGUUCCUUCUGGGUUUGUCAGCAGAGUCUCAUCAGAUACUCCUAAAAGGUCUACUGAAACAGACAAGAAGCAGAUCUUACAGCAAUGAGAAAACAGUUGAGUACAUUAAAAAGAAGAUCAGGACCAUUAACUCUCCAGAAAAAUCCUUCAAUCUGUUCCACUGCCUGAAUGAACUGGGUGCUCAAUCACUAGUGGAGGAAAUACAACAGUAUCUAAAAUCUGGAACAUUAAAGGAAACCAAACUCUCUUCAUCUCAGUGGUCAGCUGUAGUUUUUGUUUUACUAACAUCAGGGGAAAAGCUGGAAGAGUUUAAUAUAAAGAAAUUUGUUGAAGGAAACAAUAAAGCUGAAAAACGUAAAGUUCUUCAGAAGCUGCUGCCUGUGAUUAAAGAAUCAGGCUCAGUUGACCUGAGGUUUUUUGGUGUCACAGAUGAAGGUUGUGCUGCUCUGGCUUCAGCUCUGAGAUCAAACCCCUCACACCUGAGAGAACUGGAUCUGACUGGAAAUAAACUAGGAGAUUCAGGUGUCCUGCUGCUGUCUGCUGGAUUGAAGGUUCCUCACUGCAAACUGGAGACACUGUGGUUGGGUUAUUGUGGCUUCACAGAGAAAGGUUGUGCUGCUCUAUCUUCAGCUCUGGGAUCAAACCCCUCGCACAUGAGAAGUCUACAUCUGUGUGGGAAUAAACUGGGAAACUCAGUGAAACUGCUCUCUUGUGUGCUACAGAAUCCUCUCUGUAAAAUGGAGAAACUGUGGUUGUGGGACUGUGGCGUCACAGAUGAAGGUUAUACUGCGCUGACUUCAGCUCUGAGAUCAAACCCCUCACACCUGAAACUUCUGUAUCUGUCUGAGAAUAAACUCGGAGAUUCGGGUGUGAAGCUUCUCUGUGCUGUCCUGGAGGAUCCUCGCUGUAACCUGGACACUCUGAGGUUGUAUAAGUGUGGCGUCACAGAAGAAGGUUGUGCUGCUCUGAGAUCAAACCCCUCACACCUGAGGCUUCUGGAUCUGUCUGGGAAUAAACUAGGAGAUACAGAAGUGAAGCUACUCUCUGAUCUGAAGGACGAUCCAGACUAUAAUCUGGAAACCUUACACUACUCCAUAUAGAUGUCAAAGAAGAGUGUAACCCCAUGCUGCAACUACUACACAGUCUUAAUGUGUCUGUGCUGCUGAAGAGAGUUCAGAAAGCUGUUCAAAUUGAUUCCUGACCAACGCUGCCCUCUCCAGAAGUUCAAGGACCACUACCUUAGUGACCGUGAGCUGCUGACCCCUUCCCUGACGCCAGCGGGACCAGCCAUCCUCCACCUGGAAGACCACUGCUGAGCCAGAAUAACACCUUUAGAGAUCAUCAUGCUUUAAACCAAGAGGAUUGUGAUCUCAAUUCCAACACACUUUCCAACCAUCAAGACUUUCAUCUGAGAUUGCAUCUGGAUGAGAAUUCUUGGAUACUCUGAUACACUAGUACUAUUAAGAAAGUUAUUUUUUGAGUUUGAUAUGAAUUUUCGCUGGAUAAAACCGAUUAGAUAUUGACUACAAUGAAGACGCUGUAAAACUCAAUACACUGUGAACAAUCAAACUACAGCCUCCCGUUUUAAUCAUCACAGACAUGAGAAUAAGAGAUGUAUCGUAAAAUACAGAUAGCCUUGAUUGUAAUGGGAGAAUGAGAUUCAUUUAUCAAUAUAACGGUUGUUUCCCUGAUUAUAAAGCUUUUUUUCACUAGUGGUUACGUAUUUUUUCUACAAUGACACUUAAAUCUUGCAUUUCUUAUUUUGUUUUCUCUUGACAUUUUAAAGCUCUUUUAGAUACAGAUUGUUUUAUACUCAAUGCAUUCAGAAAUGAUUCAAAUCCCCUUCACUUUGAUUCAUUUUGUUGUUGCAGCCUGAUAUUGCAAUUGUUUAAAUUGUUUUUGUACUCCGUGUCCCGUGAUGACAAAGUGAAAACAGAAUUUAAUCUGAAAUAUUCCAUUUACAUAAGUACUCUUAGAACACUUCAAAAUCCUCUGAGGUACCUUUCGUUCUUCUUGAUCAUUGCUGAGAUGUUUCUACACCUGGUAAAUUACAUGAUAGAUCAUUCAUCAGCAGAAGAGACCGAGGGAAAACCUCGAGCUAGUCGAAUAUGACUACCUGUUCAUUCAGAACCUCAGACUGGCAGAAGGUUCGUCUUCCAGGACAAUGACCCUAAACUCAGAGAGAGUGGCUUAUAGACGGUUCUGUGAACGUUCUGGAGCGGCCCAGCCAGAGCUCUAGAACCCCAUCAAACAUCUCAGGAGAGACCUGAACACGGACCUCAUCCAAUCUGACUGAGCUUGAGAGGACUUUCAAACACGAAUGGCAGAAUCCAAAAAUGCGCCCAGAUUUUAUAGACUCUUCCAUCCUGGUAACAUAAAUGGCUAGUAAAGAGGUUUGGUUUAAUUUGAGCCAGCACCUAACCAUCAGUGUAAAAGACUAAAUCAUGUACUGCUAUAAACUCAUUUAGCAACGUAUUCCAACGUUGGGAUCCCUUCCCAGUGAAUGCUCCUUGCCCUUAUGAAGUUCAGUAAACCCUAAUCCUAGUUUCCAGUUUUGAGCGAUGUUGCUUAGGCACUUUUCACUUGAGAAUGGAUAAGAAAUAUCUCUCUGGAUCAUUUGGACCGGUCUUGGGUCCUGUGUCUCACCUGGUUCAGCGUUCAAGGUUUCCUCACAGCAUUACUGCCUCCUAGUGUCAUUUCCCUUUGUCCCAAUGUAACGAUCAACUCGUACAUAAAAACCAGACUUGCUGGUGUUUAUCCAUCACAGGACUUGUCAGUAUAAUAGCAGUGAAUGUCUGAAUCACUACUUCUCUUCUGAAAAAGUGGGUGUCUCGCAAAGAGCGCUGGCUAUGUGGGCUUUUCCAAGAACCUCGAGCCGUCUCAGACCGCGCACCCCACCAGGAGACGACUCCGGUCGGUGUAGACCCAGUGCGGGUGGUUGAGGUAGUUUAACGCUCUCUGAAUCACCAGACCUUUCAGCAUGUGACCCCUCCACACGCUCAAUGAAUAGACUGUGCAGCGAUCUCGUGAUGAAGGCAGGCUUUCUCCAGAUGCACUGAGAUAAAGAGUCCUCCAGCUCAACCUGAGGAUCUCAUUCAGCCUCAUCCACCUCUUUCUCGUCUUUUCUCAAUGCUUCUGGCCUCAUUCGUGUCCAGAUGUAAAACCGUUUGUUUUAAUGAAUUGUUUUAAUUAUGAACACACUGGUUUGUGGUGCAAAGAGUUUAACUGUCAUUCUCAUGAUUUACCUAAAUAACUUACCCCUGCGUAGAGGAAAGAGGUGGAUAUUCAUUAUGUGAUUGGAACUUGAAUAUGUUUUGGUCAACAGCUAAAUUGAUAAAAAUUGUUCUUUGUGUACAUGGAUCUGUAAGUAAGACGCUAUAGUGUGUCAGGAGCCAGGGGUUUAAAUGUCAAAUGUAAUAUAUGUUUAAAUCUUUUUUUUUUAUUAGGUUGUCUGUUUAUUUUAUUGUUACAUCCUUUUUAUAUUUUAUGAAAAAAGUCAAGUUUUGGAUGAGGAUAGUGCCUUUGAGAGUCUCUUCUUCAGGGAGUGUAUUAUUUGAUAAUGUGCUGUGUGUGCAUUGCAAUACAUUUUUUAUUCAAUACAUUCACUCAAAAGUGAAAAUUCUGCCAUGAAAAACCUGCAUGAGUUUUUUUUUCUUGUGAAGACACGGGUAACCAAACCAUUGACCUGCACGGUAUCCUUGUCCUUGAGUGUGAACUAACC